AUGGCUUUCCAACCAGAAGGAUAUCACUAUCCAAGAUAUCUCUGCUUAAGACCAGUAGAGAACAACCCAGCUAAACAGUCAUGUUGGGAAAACCAAAAUAGCGACCGUAUAAAAGUGGCUGGAUUGGAUGUCAAGAAAUACAAACCGGACGAGUUGGAUUGUAAAGUCGAAAAUGGGAAAGUUAUUGUAAGUGGAAAACAACGGAAAGAAACAGAACACGGGUACGAAACGUCUGAAUUUCAUCGUGCUGACAACAUACCAGAAAAUGUCGACCCACAGUCGGUGAAGUCCAGAAUCGAAAGUGGUGUUCUGCAGAUUGAAGGUGUAAAACAACAAUCCAAAGAAGGCGAAGAUGAUAAGAAGUUGUCCCUGGAAAUAAACCUUGGCAGCUACAAGUCUGAUGAAGUGAAUGUUAAAUUGCAAGGCAAUGGUUUGCUUGUCAGUGCUGAGAAUAAAACUGAGAAAGAUGGUGUCCACACGUGUCGACAUUUUAAGCAGUAUUUUACUCUGCCAAGUGAAGUGGAUGGCAGUACACUUGUUAGUAGGUUGAACCAAGAUGGCGUGCUCAAAAUAGAGGCGGAGAGAAAGCCCACGGCGAUUGAGGAUAAAGAUAUCAAAGUUCAACGUGAUGAAGAAAUCGAGGAAAUGACAGAAACCACUGAAGAGUAA